GAGUAUGGUGAGGAGCGAUGGCAGGAACCUGUGCUGGAGGACAGUACUUGGACCGCCUGCUAAAACAGUGCAUGCCCUGUCAGCUGGUGUGUGAUAACCCUGACCCCCCCACUCGCUGCCUAGACUUCUGUGUGGCCUUCAGCUGUAAGGCUGUAUCUGGGCAGUUCUACGACCAGCUGCUGAAGAAAUGCUUGAAAUGUUCGGAGCUGUGUGGCCACCACCCCUCAGAGUGCUCACAAGAGUGUCCGACUCGUGCUCCCACACCUGGAAUCACAAGGCCUGGCAGCAUCACUGCACUGCAGCCACGUGACCCCAGGGGGAGCCACAGGCCCAGAGAAGUGCCCCACUCAGAGGUGCUGGUGUACGCUCUGCUGGGCCUGUGUCUGGCCAUGCUGCUGGGGACUGUGCUGGUGGCCCUGCUGGUGCUGCUGAGGAGAGCCAGGGGGCAGAAGGAGGACCAGGGGGAGAAGGUCCAGCAGCCAGACGGACACAGCCAGACAUCUAAAGACUGCCUCAUGGCGGACGCUGCGACUCAGGAAGGCGGCGCAGAGGCCCCUGACAGACCCCUGGCGACAGAAACCUGCGUGCAUUGCUUCGCUGAGCAGACGGGAACUAUGUACCAGCAGGCCAUUCCACGAUUCCUCAACGGAGACCCCCACCACCAUCACCACCACAACUACUGCUCUAACGGCCUGGUCCACGGCCAUGCUGUCAGGAACACGUGCGAGCGGGACGGCACGCUCAGGAUCAUUUGCUCGCCCACGCAGACCAGCAUGUGA